GCAGGGCAGGGAGUUGAAUUGUUACCAUGGAGAUGGAAUACAUCCUUUUAGAAAGAUGACAUCUGCCACACCCCCUUCCUCCCGUAGCUCCUCCCCUCAGAAGGUCUGCCACUCUCAAACACAAACGGACAUUUUGAAACCAUUAUUGGGAGGUGGCGUUUCCGGCGGGGGCGGGGCCUUGAGGAGGAGGAGGCGUGUGCUGUCCAAAGAUGGGCGGAGCAACGUGCGCAUCGAGCACAUCAGCGGGCGGAGUGCGCUGUACAUGCGUGACCUCUGGACGACCUUUGUGGACAUGCAGUGGCGCUACAAGUUCUUCCUGUUCACGGCCACCUUUGCUGGGACCUGGUUUCUCUUCGGCGUGCUGUGGUACCUGGUGGCACUGGUUCAUGGAGAUCUGCUGGAGUUCAACCCUCCGUCCAAUCACACGCCAUGUGUGAUGCAAAUGCAGACCCUGACCGGGGCCUUCCUUUUCUCCCUGGAGUCCCAGACCACUAUUGGCUACGGUUUCCGCUGUAUCACCGAGGAAUGUCCAGCUGCCAUUAUCCUCCUCAUCAUCCAACUGGUUAUCACCAUGGUGAUGGAGAUCUUCAUCACCGGCACCUUCCUGGCUAAGGUGGCUCGGCCAAAGAAGCGGGGUGAGACGGUGAAAUUUAGCCAGCACGCUGUGAUCUCCAGCCACGAGGGCCGGCCGUGCCUCAUGAUUAGGGUGGCCAACAUGCGCAAGAGCUUACUGUUAGGGUGUCAGGUGACGGGAAAGCUGCUCCAGACAUCCCUGACCAAGGAGGGAGAGACAGUUCGUCUGGACCAGCGAAACGUGCCUUUCCAGGUGGACACAUCCAGUGAAAGCCCCUUCCUCAUCCUUCCCCUAACUUUCUACCACAUCAUUGAUGACAACAGCCCCUUGAGAGCAUGGGCAGCUAAGGGUGGUGGCUGGACGGAUCCAGAGCUGGCUGACUUUGAGCUGCUGGUGAUAAUGAGCGCCACGGUGGAGCCGACCUCCGCCACCUGCCAGGUCCGUACCUCCUACUUGCCGGAUGAGAUUCUCUGGGGGUAUGAGUUCCCUCCUGUGGUCUCCCUCUCCCCCUCGGGGAAAUACGUGGCCGACUUCGCCUUCUUUGACAAAGUGGCCAAGACCAAGACCACACCUGUUUUCAAACCCUCCGGCCCCCAGCACGGGUACCAGGGCAACAGGGGUGGGUCUGUGCCAGAGGGGGCGGACCCAGAGAAGAUUCGUCUUGAGCAGAGCUACAGGGAGAGGGGGGAGGACCGCGGCAGGGUCAGAGACAGCAGCCCGCUCAGUGUGCGCAUCAGUAAUGUGUGA